AUGCCUACCAGCAGCACCACUUGUAGCGCCGCUGCUCCGCCGACGACCGAGGGGAACACGACCCACCCCCCUAGCGGCAAGGGACCUGCGGCCACGCCUCCAGCCACGCCCUCUUCCCCGAGCGGAGGCAGCGGCACAGGCGCCUCGUUCAAGACCAUCCUGAACUCCCGCGGCUACGUCCUGGGGAAGACUCUUGGGACGGGCACUUACGGGAAAGUGAAGUACGCUCAUUCCCUGAGACUCAAACACCCGGUGGCCGUGAAGAUCGUCAGCAGAAAGGUGGCCAAAGAUGUCCACCUCAAGUUUCUCCCGCGGGAGCUGGACGCUCUCCGCUGCCUGCGCCACAGGAACAUAAUCCAGCUGGUCGACGUUCUGGAGACCCAAGAGCACAUGUACAUCAUCAUGGAGCUGGCCGAGGGCGGUGACUUGCUCGAUUACAUCAACAAGAAACGGUUCCUCGCGGAGGAAGACGCGAAGGGACUGUUUCACGACUUGGUGGACGGACUAGUGGAGUGCCACCGACUGCGUUUCGUGCACAGAGACCUCAAGUGCGAAAACAUGCUCCUGAGCCGGAACCUUCGGCUCAAGAUUUCCGACUUCGGGUUCGCCCGACGCUUCACCGAGUCGCAAAAGCUGCAGACGUACUGCGGAUCGUACGCGUACGCUGCGCCCGAGAUCAUAAUCGGGGAGCCGUAUCUCGGACCCACGGCCGACAUCUGGAGCAUCGGCGUCAUCCUCUACGCCAUGGUCUGCGGGAAACUUCCGUUCAAGGACAAGGACGCUAAAUCCCUUCUGUCUGACGUGGCAAGCAAGCUACACUUCCCCAGUCGAAUCAACGAUCAGUGCCGGGACUUGAUAAAGGGGAUCUUGAGAUUCAGCCCCCAAGACCGGCUCACUCUGGAGGAGAUAAAGUCUCAUCCGUGGAUGGUUGUGCGUCCCAUAUCCACCCCGAGUUUAACCCCUGAGCUCCCGGUCGAUCAUCUCCCUCCCCCGCUGCCUCCUCAAACCUACAAGCAACGGAGCGCUGACGAAUCGCGACCUACUACACCUCUCGAGUUUGUGGAGAGCGAGACGACCCUCCCUCCUCCCAUUCCUCCUCGCAGCAACAAGCCUUCUCCUCCCACUCACCAGUCCGUCGGCUCCCAGACAAUUCCUACCACCAGCUAA